AAAUCCCAUUAUUAUACUUCAUUUAGAAAAGGGAAUUACCAGAUAUUAGAUCAAAUUUAAACAAACGUCAACCCUUAUAAAUUUAAGAAUGCUUUAAGAAAUCCAAGUCUUAUUUUCAUAAACAAAAUUAUAACGUUACUAAAUCUGUUUCUAACAGAUCUUGUUUACGGAAAAUAAAAAUUAAAACAAAGAGAAUACAUAUAUUUGAACGUACACAGUUUGAAUUCUAUAAUCAUAAUCACAAGAUAAUUUGGAAUGUUAAUUUACAGUGCAAUUUGUGUUGUCUUAUUGUUUCGUUAUGUACAUGGUGAAUACAAGUGUACCGCCCUCGACCAGUUUGAAAAAGUAAAAUAUUUCUCUUGUGACAUUGGUUGCUGCGGAAACCUUCAUAACGCCUACUGCUGCGAUGAACACCAGGAUGCAAUUCUUAUUGGUAGCAUUGUGGGUGGCUUUAUCCUAGUUGUUAUCAUAAUUGUCAGCAUACACUGUUGGUACAGAAAGAGCAGACGACAACCUAAUCUGGGUUAUCUCCGUGAAACCCGAAACUAUGGUACAAUGAAUGCUACACGUGACAGAAAAGAAAGCGUCAACACCAGUACAGAACAGCUAGUUAAAGAUGAGAGAUUAUACCAGAGGUAGAUAUUACUGUGACAAUGUCAAACUCCCGUUAACACGUGAUCCGAAAUUCUGUGUUUUGCAGAGGAAUCAGUUAACCAAGAAGCUUAAGAGAAAGAUAUAGAGACGAACUUAUCCGCAGAGAAUUGUGAUUAAAGAGAAAAAUUGCGACGGAAGAAAUUUCUUGAGCACUAAGACCUAGUCUGGCUACCGACUAGAUAAUCUUUUCAAUUUUUUUCAAUCAUUACGCUUAUAUAUUCUGAACAGUCUUUCUUGGCUUUGAUUAUGCAAUGUUUUGAGAAGAUAAGGGACAUAUUUAUACAAAAUUUGAAUAACUCCACGAGAAAUCUCCUGAGAAUUAAACAUAUUACACAGGGUCUGAACACAGACGAGCUUAGACCCUACGUGAUCUGUUUUUUCUAGAUAAGUGAACUAAAUCUUAUUUACUAAAGAGAUUGUGGUACAUAUAUUAGAUAUAAGCAGGUUUACUUAUUUGUUUUAAAAGAUCUGCAUACAAAUGUUCUUCCAUUCAUUUAGUCUUACAGCUGCGCUUGAUAUUUCUUUUGUUACGAUUAAGUUAGACAGAAAUAAGAUCGAUGAUAAAGUUACCAGGUAAAAAAAAGCUCUAAAAGUUGAUGCAGAAAUAUGCUGCUUUUAGUUUUGUUUUGUUUUAGUGAUUCUAGGUAUUCAAAAUAACAGUAGUAUUUAUACCCCAAACCAUAAAAUCUACAUAAACGUUAUAACGUUAAGAUCAUUUAAGAUCAACUUUAGACAAUUUAUCCAAUUGUUGCCAUCUUUUAUAAUAAAUUGUCUU